ACGAUACCAAUAUCUCUGCUCGCACCGAUUCUUACCCCUGAAAGUGUUUUCUGGAUCAGCAACUUGCUUCAAAGCCGGAAAGUCGCAUUCCAUCGCGUAACAGGCCGGAGAGCUGUGGUCCACCCCGCAUUUGAGCUCCCGCUCAGCGCUUGAUAUAUCACUGUAAUACCCCGAGCAUAACCGUUCCCUCACACUCCAGCUUCACAAUGGCCUACCUGCUUCGCACAGCAGGCCGCGCGCGGUCGUCGAUCGUCCGCCCGACUGCACAGGCAGCUUCCAAGGUUGCGCCGGUUGCGCUGCGAAGGCAAUAUGCUUCCGCUGCUGCUGCCGCUGUCUCCUCGGACUCUGGCGAGCAGGCCUUCUUUCCCGAUGAGCCCAGCCAGCCCACCGUCAAGACGCAGAUCCCUGGCCCCAAGAGCAAGGCGGCCAUUGAGCGCCUGAGCAAGGUCACCGACACACGGAGCUUGAACAUGAUGGCCAACUACCAGCAGAGCUACGGCAACUACAUCGCUGAUCUCGAUGGCAACGUCCUCCUCGAUGUCUACGCCCAGAUUGCGUCGAUCCCCGUGGGCUACAACAAUGCCAACCUGAAGCUCGCAGCCACCUCCCCCGAAAUGGCCUCGGCCAUUAUCAACCGUCCCGCACUCGGUAACUUCCCCCAGCACGACUGGGCCGACAUCCUCGAGACCGGUAUCCUCUCUGUCGCGCCCAAGGGUCUCAACCAAGUCUUCACUGCCCAGGCUGGCUCGGAUGCUAACGAGCUCGCUUACAAGGCUGCUUUCAUGUGGAAGCGCCAGCAGGAGCGUGGAAGCCCCGACGCUGAGUUCUCCGAGCUGGACAUCAACUCCUCGAUGAACAACCAGGCCCCCGGUGCCCCUGACAUGUCCAUCAUGUCCUUCAAGAAGGGCUUUCACGGUCGUCUCUUCGGCAGUCUGUCCACCACCCGCUCCAAGCCCAUCCACAAGGUCGACAUCCCCGCCUUCGACUGGCCCCAGGCCCCCUUUCCCGCCCUUAAGUACCCCCUCGACCAAUUCGCCUCUGAAAACGCCGCCGAAGAGAAGCGCUGUCUCGAGGAGACCGAGCGCGUGAUCAAAGAAUUCCCCAAGCCCGUCGCCGCCGUUGUCGUUGAGCCCAUUCAGUCCGAGGGCGGCGACAACCACGCCUCGCCCGCCUUCUUCCAGGGCCUGCGCGAUAUCACAAAGCGCAACAACGUUCUCCUCAUCGUCGACGAAGUCCAAACCGGUGUCGGCGCAACCGGCAAGUUCUGGGCCCACGACCACUGGAACCUGCAGACACCGCCUGACAUGGUCACCUUCUCGAAGAAGGCCCAGACAGCGGGUUACUACUUCGGCAACGACGCCCUCCGACCCAACAAGCCUUACCGCCAGUUCAACACCUGGAUGGGCGACCCAGCGCGCGCUAUCCUGUUCCGCGCCAUCAUUCAGGAGAUCGAGCGUCUGGAUUUGGUCAACCACACCGCUGCCACCGGCGAUUAUUUGUACAGCGGUUUGCAGCGCUUGGCUGAGAGGUAUCCCAAGGAUAUCCAGAACCUGCGUGGAAAGGGUCAGGGAACUUUCAUUGCGUGGGACACACCAAGACGUGAUGAGAUCCUGAAGAACGCUAAGGCGCACGGUGUGAAUGUCGGUGGGAGCGGUAUAGACGCUGUCAGGUUGAGGCCGAUGUUGAUCUUCCAGAAGCACCACGCUGAUUUAUUGCUGGAGAGGCUGGAGGCUGUUCUGAAGCAGUAGGUGUUGUGAUUGAAUGAAGUAAUGGGCUACCUCGACUGCAUGUACGGAGUUUGGAGUUGGUUUGGAUAUGGAAGAUUUGUAUCUUGAAUUGCGAUAAAAGCAGUUUUGAUCAUGUAGCUUCUCAACAAUGAUUGAAAAC